AUGUUAUCGGGGUCGGAAAGGUCGACGUUGGAGAAUCUUUUAGGUGAGUACUCCGAUACUUUUGAUAUAGUAGGAGAACCUACACCAUUUGCGGAACACCACAUAGAUACCGGCGACCAUCCGCCUAUUGCUUUACCCCCGUAUCGCCUUACACCUGCCAAGAAGGAAAUCAUGCGCGCCGAGUUAGACAAGAUGUUAGCUGAGGACGUGAUCGAGGAGUGUGAAUCCGCCUGGGCAGCGCCGUGCGUCUUAAGGCUCAUAGACCGUUUCAGAUCGGGGUCUACACUUAGUGGUAGGACUAUUUUGGGUUAUUUGGAUGACCUGCUGGUCAUUUCGGAGGACCUGGAGUCCCAUAUAGCAGAUUUGCGUGCGGUAUUCGAGCGUCUCCGUAUGUACAAGCUCCGAGCAAACCGAGAGAAGUGUGUGUUUGCCAGAGACCGGCUCAAGUACCUUGGCCACGUGAUCUCUCAUGAUGGUAUAUCUCCAGACGAAGAGAAGGUAAGUGCUAUUUUAGAGAUGAAGGAACCGACAACUCUCCAGCAACUUCGCAUUCCUCCAAACUUGCUCUUGGUUCCGCAAGUUUACCCAGAGUUUGCCAAGGUGGCUGAACCUCUUACGCGUCUAACAAAAAAGUCACAGACCUGGAAAUGGGGUAAGGACCAAACUAGUGCUUUUAUACAGCUCAAGACUCUUUUAGCUUCACCCCCCAUUCUGACCCAGCCGGACUACUCAAGACCUUUCAUCCUUAGAACGGACUCCAGCGAUUUCGCUUUAGGUGCAGCCUUACUCCAGGGGGAGUCACCACAAGAUGAACAUCCCAUCGAGUGUUACUUCCAAGUUUAUUCCGAAACAGGAUGGUCCGUAUGUAGUCUCCAAGAAGGUGAGUCCCACUACAUUUGCUCUUACCUCACAGAAGACUGGUGA